ACGAAAUUGAGUGUUCAUAGUAUAGCAUAUUUCCGCCACUAACCCUGCCAGAUUUUGCUUCUAUUUUACCCUCUUCAAUGAGUCAGCUGUACGAUGAACCUGGUACCGUAGACGCUCUUCUGCCGGCCAAGAACAUAACAGUGAGUGGAAAUCCACCAAAAUCGAAGGUGGAGCCGCUGAAAUUUCCCUCCUACGCAACAGGCGGUGAAAACUACCGACGGAAAAGGUUAGGGAAGUGGAGGCUGGUGCUGGCACAAUGGCGUCUGCUGGUGGUGCUGCUGACGCCGCUGUUGCUGCUGCCGCUGCUCAUCGUGGUCGGCACUCCAGAGGCACGGGCGGGCUACGUCAUGCUACUGACCAGCAUUUACUGGAUGACGGAGGCGCUGCCGCUGGCGGUGACAGCCCUCAUCCCUGCAGGUCUCCUGCCCCUGAUGAAGGUGUUGUCUAGCAAGGACGUGUGCAUGGUCUACAUGACACACUCCAACAUGACGCUCUUCUGUGGCAUCGUCAUGGCGCUCGCCGUCGAGCAUUGCCGAGCGCAUGAGCGCAUUGCGCUCUGCGUCAUCCUUAAGAUUGGUCACAGCCCCAGACGCCUCAUGGUCGGCUUCAUAGCGACGACCAUGUUGCUUUCCAUGUGGAUCUCCAACACAGCUGCUACGGCCCUCAUGAUCCCCAUAGUGGACGCCAUGAUAAUCGAACUUAAAAAGUCAUCGACGCGUUUGUCCCGAAAGCCCGCCAGACCGAAGGUGGCCAUGCCGGAGGUCGCAAGCACUGUGGAGCUACAAGAUCAUUUCCCAACCUCGCCCUCAGCAGACGACCUUCCCGAGAUUUGCAUCGACAUGGAGAGGCGCCCGAGUUUCGUGGAGAUCGAGACAAUAUCGCCGGAGUUCUCGCAGCUACGCAACACUUGCCUCAUCGCCACGGCCGCCGCGGCCAACAUCGGGGGCAUCGGCACCCUUACUGGCACCGUGCCCAACAUCGUGCUUGCGGGCUUCCUCAGCAAUUCGUACGGUCCUAAGACAGGCCUGAACUACGCAACGUGGAUGCUCUUCUCCGUGCCAACGAUGUUGCUGUGCACAUUGCUCGUGGGCAUCGCUAUGGUCUUCAACACUCUCGACUUGAGGAAGACGGUUAACAGAUUCCGUGAGCGGCGGUGGGGUUCGCACCACACGUACAGCACGGGCGACGGCACGGUGACUACGAGCAGCACGAGUCGUGCUCGUAGCGCGGCCGUACGCGAUAUUCUCGUGCUACGAUACAACGCCCUCGGCCGCGUCAGCUUCCAUGAGAAGGCCGUCAUCGCGGUGUUCGCGGCCCUCAUCGUCAUGUGGUUUAUGCGCUCCCCUGAGUUCAUCCCGGGAUGGGGGCAGCUCUUCGAUGUUGACGGAGUCCCGAUGGUGAGUAGCGCCACUCCCGCGCUGGUGGCCGUCGUGCUGCUCUUCAUCAUCCCUGCUAAACCCUCGGCUCUGAUGAGUGGCCAGCACGACCCUGAUGGCGGGUUGCUGACCUGGAAGGCGGUUCAGGAACGCAUGCCGUGGCAGGUUCUGCUGAUCAUGGGGGGCGGUUUCGCCCUGGCGGCGGGGGCGAAGGAGUCAGGGCUGUCAGCGUGGAUAGGCAACAGCCUCAAGGUUAUCGCCAGCGUCCCCAGCGCGACGGCCGUGUUCCUCAUGGCGCUCAUGACGACCAUCAUGACGACGCUCAUGUCCAACACCGCCGUCAUCGCCAUCCUCCUGCCCAUCCUUAAGGAAGUGGCCGUGAUCCUGGAGGUGAACCCGCUGUACCUGAUGAUCCCUGCGACGCUGAGCGCGUCCUUCGCCUUCAUGUUGCCCGUCGCCACGCCUCCUAACGCCCUCGUCUACGCCGCUGGAUCCUUCAAGACCGCCGAUAUGGCAAAGAUCGGGUUCGUGCUGAACGUGCUGUGCAUGCUGGUGCUGAUGCUGGUCACCAACACGCUCGGUGACCUCAUGUUCGACUUCUCGGUGGUGCCUUCUUGGGCGAACACAACGGCCGCGCCGUGACCGAAUUCUUUGUAGUGUUCCUUUUAUACAUUAUGUAAAAUUGAAUUUAUCGUAAAAUUUGUAAUACAAAAAUGUAAUGAGCAUAGCAUGUGUACAUGAGUACAGAGUAUAGUGGUUCAGUGGAUAGAUACAUUGAGGUAAUGAUAGAAUUGUUCGAUGGCUAUGAUACUGUGUUGCAAUCACGUAAUGUUUCAUGGUAUGGUGAUACACUGUAUUACGGUCUAAUAAUUCAAUAAAUCAGUGUUUCAAUGGAUGCAGUGCUGAUAUAGCGUAAUAUUUUGAUGCCUCAGUGAUACACUGUAAUAUGGUUCAAUGAUUCAAUAUAUCACUGUAGCAGAGAAACUGUGUUUCAUUGCUCGUGGCGACGCAGUGGUAAGGUUUUAUCUAUUCAGAUAAAAAAAAUUGUUUUAUGUAUUUUUCAGACAUUUCCAGUCGUUAAUGCUGGGCAUAACAGUAGUCCUAGUAGAAUAAAUUUUACUGGUCUUAUUACUUUGAAUGUUCAGGAUGUUGUACAAAGUCAUGAGAUUUGUAAUGAAGUUCUAAUUUUUUUUAAUUCGUUCUUAAUGUUAUUAUAACCUGAUACCGUCAUUACCUAUAUUUAGCUACUAUAAAGUUGGCCGGGAAAAUGCCAGUUAUGUGAGCUACUUGCAGCCUACAAUAUUUUCAUGUUCAACUUUGUUAGUUUAGAUUUGGUAAUUCGCGGACGGUCGUGGCAUGACGGCCAUUUUGAGAUUUUAUGCGCUACGUAAAAUCAUUCCAAGAUUUUUUUUUCAAUCCGGUCAAAUUUACUUUUUGUAUUCAAUAGGAGUGAAAAGAUGGCUUAACACUUCUAAUUACUUGUUCCAAGAUAUUAAAAACGUUUUACUAUUUAUAAUGACUGUUUUGUAUACUCUGAUGAUGCUAUAUUGUAUUAAUAUCGUUUUACCAUCUGAGGAUUUCUUCACCAGCGUUGAUAGGGCGAUGUAGUAGAGUUGUGAAAUUUAUAAAAAAAUAAUAAACGAUUUUAUAAACGAAUAUCGAUCGAAAAUUGUCUUGAACUUUUCAAGAAGGUUUCCACUAUUAUUGUAGCAUUGCUGGUUCCGGGUGUCGUUAGGCGUAGAUUUGGAAAGAUUGCACCUGCAAUUAGAGGGCAAAAUUUUUUUGACUCAUUUUUUUAAUUAAUUGCCGUGAAACUAAUAAAUUGUGACUAGAAAGAAUAUUGGAAUCUCUGUGAUUUACUUGAGCAUGUUUUUUAUACAAUAGACCCAAUACCCUUGAGGCGCAACACUAAAUCUAUAACGCGGAUUAAUUUAGGUUCUGUCUCAAUAUUGUUAUACGCUGACUGUGUUGAAUGGCCUACUACUUCUCUGUGUUGGGACAGCUUCUGGGCUGCCACAUCAUAUUAUACCAAUUGUAUAAUUCUAGUACACAUAAUUGAUUUUACUCGAUUACUUUUUAAAACAUUGCUGAUAUCCAUAAAUUGUUAUCAUUAUGGCCUUCAUCGUACCGUUGAUGCCGUCUUCUGCAAUCGCCGUCCAGCGUCUAUUUAAUAUUUGGAAAAAUGAGGAGUCAGGUGGAGUCUAAAAUUUUCUGGAAGGAAUAAUAUAUAAUAUCAGAACUGUGAUUAAUAACAUGUCAUGUUAUUCGAAGGUGAGACCCUGUUUCCGUCUUGCUCUCUCUGUUGUAAUUUUGUUUGUAUCACUUGGUCCCUGUCGAUGAGCUUCCAACUCGGUUAUAAUUAACGUCCAAUAACAUUUGGUUUUGUAUUCAUGAAUGUUGUUUAUACGAAACAAUUUCCAGCUCUGUUGUUUUUGGUCUUGUCUUCAUCAAUGUUGUUUAUAAAAUUUCCAGCCCGGUGGUUGAAAUUGUUCGUUGUUUUUUAACGUGCAUUUUAGCAGCAGGUUAUCUCAAUAAAUGGGAUAAAAUUUUUGAAAAAGUCAUCUUCUAAAUAUCACCGUAUAUAUGUAAAAUGGAUGCUCGCUUCUAUAUAACAGCUCAUUCUUGUUACCAUAUGUACACUGAAAUAAAUAGACGAUGCAAUUUGAAGAAUCUAGUCUGACCACGUAAUUAUGCCUUAUAUUGUAAAAUGUUUUUAGAAAAAAAUUCCGUCACGAUAAAAUCAGAGGAAUAGUACUUUUCCAGUUAGAAAGAUUACUGUGCAAAGACAAUUACCUGACUGUAAUUGUCUGAAUGGAAGGAAUUAGAUGAUAAAAUACCUUGCUGCUAAAUGUUAAUUUUUUCAGUACUAAUAUCUGUUGAAUGCUUUAUUUUUGUGCCGUAAUGGUACGAAACAUGAACUUCAUAUGAGGGACGGUAGUGAAGCAGUGACGUGCGGUACCUGCAGCUAAUAAAUCUCCUUAACGACGCAUGCAAGGAACAGAAUUAGGCAAUCAACUGUAUAAAUAAUGCUUAUAACUAGGGGCUGAAUUUGGCAAUCUAGCGCCUAAAUAAUGCCUACAAGGAGAUACUGAUGCAUGCGGUCUCAAUAAUUACUCGUUGAUAAGGUGAAUUGCGCGUCGACGAAGCGUAAAUUUGUUCUCUUCUAAUUGAAUGUGACUGUACCUUUCUUAGAAGAAAAAUAUUGAGUUUUGGUGAAUGGUAGCAUAUUGCCGUUUAUAUUAUCAUUAUAUUAUUUUAAAUAAAAUAAAUUUCACUUGUAAUUUUCGAUGAAGGGCGCAGAGGAAUUCGAACAAAAGUAAUUCGAACAGAUGAAAUAAUGUAUUUUUUCUUAACUAUUCGACCCAUUAUGAGCAAAAUAACAUAAGUCGAGUCAUUUACGCCUGUUUUCCUUUAAGUAGUUUAAAACCUUUUAUCGAGGUCGAAUUAAAGUUGAUAUCUGUUGGCGCGAUCAAAAUUUACCAUUCGUUCAGGAACUUUAAGUUGUAAAAAAACUUCGCAUGAGAAUAUGCCGUCACUGAUUUUAAUAACUCUAGAAAUAUGAAAUAGAAAUGACAAUCCGAAAUAUCAUUACUUAAAUUAUGCCUACUGUCCCGAACAUGAUUAUAAAUUGUAUGAUAUUGCCAAGUGAGCAAUAACUGUAUGAUAUUGCCUAGUGAGCAAUAACUGUAUGAUAUUGCCAAGUGCGCAAUAACUGUAUGCUAUUGCUGUUUGAGCAAUGAUAACAUUCUAUACUUUUUUAAACAUGUUGUGUAUUGUUCGCUGUAAAUGCAGUUUAUCUAUUCUGAGGUUCAGCUUCUGCAUUGUUAAUUGCAACUUCAUCUGUUGUGCAAUUUUUUUGGGACCGAGAACUCUUGAAUUAUCUUUGUAUUAUGUACGUCGACCACAAAACGGCUUGAUAAAGUUAUUUUUGAAUAAUG